AUGGACAUUUCCACAUUAGAACACGUCCGCGGGGUCUGGGAGCGCGCCAAGAACGACAGCGCCAUCUAUCGCCUCGUUCUCUCAAAUGUUGAGAUCAUCAGUGCCUCACGCGGACACUUCCAAGCCCGACUCAAGCUGACUGCUGAUCAUGUCAACUCCCGAGGCACCAUCCACGGGGCUGUUUCCGCGGCUAUCAUUGAUUGGGCCGGAGGAAUGUCCAUUGCCACUCAUGGAUAUGAGAAGACAGGCGCCAGUGUUGAUAUCCACGUCACAUAUCUUUCAACUGCUACUGCCGGGGAAACCCUGGACAUCUCUGCUGUUGCGGAUCGAGUAGGCAAGACAAUGGCCUUUACUACUAUCAAAAUCUCUAAGGUUGUCGAUGGUGAAAUUGGCCCUUUGGUUUCGAAGGGUUCGCACACAAAGUUCCUGCCUGUCUCUAAGGAGCACCAGAAGCCACGAAUCGAGGCUGCCUAA